AACUUCAGAGACAGCUGGACAGAAAGACUAUGAAGAUGCAGAAAACAAUGGUUCUGGUUUGUGUGCUGCUGCUGGGGUGGACCUGGACCCUCCAGGGCGUCCCUGUGCAGGAGGAUGCUGAGGGUGUGGAACAGGUGGAGCCCUCUGUGGCGCCUGAAGACGUGAAGAUUCUUAAUGUAACUCUGCCCAAUGCACCUCUGCCCAAUGUAACUCUACCUAUUACAACACCGCUCAAUAGAACUUUGUUCAAUGCAACAGAGGACUGUAUAAAAGCACCAGAAACAGGUCCUUGUGAGGCGAGCGUUCAACAUUACUUCUACAAUGCCACGUCGAUGAGCUGCGAGGUCUUCAUCUAUGGAGGGUGUUCGGGCAACCUGAACAACUUUGAAGAACAGAAAGAGUGUAUGCAGAGUUGUCAGACUGAAGAUAAGGAGAAUUCUACAACAAUUGGGCCACUGUAA